UCCAGAGAGCCUUGGGACAGGAAAACAACAUGGUCUAGACUGAAGAAUUCAUUUCCCUCCAUUUCAGAAUACCAACUACACCACCAUGGCGUCAAGAGAGACACACAGUCCUGUGUUUCUGGUAUUUCCUCCAGAGAUCAAUGUCCCGGAUUAUCAGCCAACAGGCAUGACUGCUACAUCUUAUGAAUCCCAAAGCACUCUGGAGAAACUACUAGUUGCAAAAAUGAAAGUCUCAGGGACUCUCCAGAUCCUGUUUGGAAUUAUGAUCUUUUCAUUUGGGAUGAUUUUCCAUUUCUCCUUUGUAAAUCCAUAUCCAAGGUUUCCCUUUAUAUUUAUUUCAGGAUAUCCAGUCUGGGGUCCUAUUUUUUUCAUUAGUUCUGGAGCGUUGCUAAUUUCACUAAAGAGAAAAAUGACAAGACCUUUGAUAAAGGCCGGCCAAAUACUGAAUUCUCUUAGUGCCCUGGGAGCAGCAUCUGGAAUCGUUCUCCUCAUAUUUGGCUUUCUUAUAGACCAAAACUACAUCUGUGGCUAUGUUGCAAAAAACGAUGAAUGUGAUGGUACUACUGUGCUAUUCAUUGGAAUCUUGAUUAUGUUGAUGAUCUUCACCAUUAUUGAAUUCUUCAUUUCUCUGUCCUUCUCAAUUUUGGUGUACCACCCAGAUGAUGAGUGUGACGAAACUUGUUGAACAGCAUCGUGAGAAUAAAGAUGUGUUAUAAUCUUAUUUAAAGGAACACAGAAUCCUAAGGAUGGCAACUCCCUGAGUAAAGGGGAGUAACUAAGACAGGCAGAUCUGGGGACAUUUUAGCUGAUAAAACAUGCUCUGUCAUCUGGCUGCACCGUCUCCCCUCGUUCCCAGAUGGAAUCGUCCACUUGGUGUCAUUGCUUCUGUUCGUAAUGCCUCCUCACAGAGCGGCAAUGUGGUGAUCGUUCCUUACCAAGAUCAACCCAAGGUCACGCGCACCUAAUUUCUCUGGCUUACGGAAUUACUGCUGACCUCCGAUAAGAGACUAAAUACAGGCCAUAGCUGUGU